AUGACGAUUACCGCCAUAAAUAACCUCAUGCCCGCGCGGGUCACUGUCAAUCCGACUGAAAAGCGGUCUGAGAAGCCUCCUCCUCAGCUCCAUAGCGUCCAAGAAUGGCCCUUCAAGGGUUAUCAACCUCCGCAGCCUGAGGGAUAUCAGCAGAGCGGCCCCGACAGCGCCAUCGUGAUUGACAAUGGCUCUCACCUAGUCAAGGCCGGUUGGUCUUUCGACAAGAAUCCCCGAUUCGCCAUACCUCCUGUCAUGAGCCGAUACCGUGAUCGCAAGCUCAACCGCCAAUGCCAGUUCGUCGGAUAUGAUGCCUACGUCGAUGCGACGACAAGAGGACAGCUGCGCUAUGGUUUCGACCCUGGCUCCAGCGUCGUCGGUAACUGGGAUGUGAUGGAAGGAGUGCUGGACUAUCUGUUCAUAAAGCUCGGCGUAGACGGUUCCAAUGGAGGCGUCGGUCGCCCGAUCUUGAUGACGGAGCCAAUUGCGAACCUAGGAUAUCCCAGGAAGAUGAUGAACGAGAUCCUCUUCGAAUGCUACUCCGCGCCCUCUGUUGCCUACGGUAUCGACUCGCUUUUCUCCUACCGUUAUAACAACGGCACCGAUGGUCUGAUUGUAGACUCGUCGCAUACUUCUACUCAUGUCAUUCCCGUUAUGAAUUCGAAACCUAUGCUCUCGAACAGCUCUCGUCUCAACUGGGGUGGAUUGCAGAGCUCUGAAUAUCUCAUGAAGCUCAUGAAGCUUAAAUACCCAACAUUCCCGACCCGUUUCACCGAUGCACAGAUGGAGGAAAUGAAGCAGAAGCAUUGUUACAUCUCGCAGGACUACGCCAACGAAUUGAAUGGGUAUCUUGACUGGACUGGACUGGAGGAACGUGAUCGCGUUAUUCAGUACCCCUUCACGGAGCAGGUCGUGCAGGAGAAGACAGAAGAACAGAUCCAGCAAGCACUAGAGCGCAAGAAGGAGGCUGGCCGGCGUCUGCAAGAUCAAGCCGCAAAGAUGCGCCUGGAGAAGCUGGUGAAGAAGGAGGAAGAGCUUGAGUACUGGAAGCAACUGCAGGAUAACCUUGCCUCGGAAACAAAAAAGGAAAUCCGUCGCAUCCUGGAAGCCGAAGAUUUGAAGGACGAGGUCCAACUGGAGCGAAUGAUUCGCGAUUUGGAGAAAUCCAUCAAGCGUUCGCGCAACAAGGACCUCGGUAUUGAAGAGACCGAAGAACAGCCCGAGGAAAUGACGUUCCCCAUGCUUGAUAUUCCAGACGACCAGCUUGAUGAGGCCGGUCUGAAAGAGAAGCGCCACCAGCGUCUCAUGAAGUCCAAUGUCGAUGCCCGAGCCCGAGCUAAGGAAGAGAAGGAGCGUGAAAAGGCUCGUCGCGAAGAGGUUGAGCGUCUUGACCGCGAACAGCGGGAGAACAACUUUGAGACAUGGGUCUCGCAGCGCCGAAACAACCGUCAGACUAUUCUACAAAGGAUCAAGGACCGUGAUCGCAUGACAGCAGAUCUCGGAAACCGGAAAUCUUUAGCCAGUCAAAUGCGCAUGAAGACACUAGCUAACCUGGCAUCCGACGGUCCCAAGAAACGGCGCCGUGGUGGAGAUGACGACGACUUUGGUGCCAAUGACAACGACUGGAGUGUGUACCGCGACGUUGCAACAGGCGACCAAAGUGAGGAUGAAGAGGAGGAGGAUCUCGGUAGUAUGUUGAAUGCAGUCGAAAACGAGCUGCUAGAGUAUGAUCCCGACUUCACCGAAAACCACACUCUCGCCGCCCAGUCCGACUGGACCAAGAGUUUGGUCCACGCAUUCCUCCGCGGACCCUGGCCUUUCGACCCAGAGAGCCAGCGAGAGGCACACCAACUGCACUUGAACGUCGAGCGCAUCCGCGUGCCGGAGGUUGUCUUCCAACCUUCCAUCGCUGGCGUUGACCAAGCCGGUCUAAUCGAACUCGCAGCCGAUAUUAUCAACCAGCGCUACUCCAACCCAGCCGACCAAUCCCGCCUCCUGAAGGACGUGUUCCUCACAGGUGGAAACACCCUCUUCACUGGCUUUGAUGAGCGCUUCCGUAAGGAAUUCCGUGGUUUCCUCCCUAUUGAUGCCACGCUGGACGUGCGCAAAGCUACGGACCCGGUCUUCGAUGCCUGGAAGGGUGCUGCGCAGUGGGCUUCUGGUAGUGACCUUGGUCGUUCCUCGGUCACCCGCCAGGAGUACAUGGAGAAGGGUAGCGAGUACCUCAAGGAGCAUGACCUCGGUAACGCUAUGUGGUGA